GGACUUUCCCCUCCCACGUGCUCACCCUGGCUAAAGUUCUGUAGCUUCAGUUCAUUGGGACCAUCCUGGCUGUAGGUAGCCACUACAGUUAGGAGGCACCUAGCAUCCAGGCCCUCAUCCUCCUCCUUCCCAGCAGGGUGUCACGCUUCCCCGAAGACUGGAUGACUGCCAUGGAGGAGUCACAGUCGGAUAUCAGCCUCGAGCUCCCUCUGAGUCAGGAGACAUUUUCAGGCUUAUGGAAACUACUUCCUCCAGAAGAUAUCCUGCCAUCACCUCACUCCAUGGACGAUCUGUUGCUGUCCCAGGAUGUUGAGGAGUUUUUUGAAGGCCCAAGUGAAGCCCUCCAAGUGUCAAGAGCUCCUGCAGCACAGGACCCUGUCACCGAGACCCCUGGGCCAGUGGCCCCUGCCCCAGCCACUCCAUGGCCCCUGUCAUCUUUUGUCCCUUCUCAAAAAACUUACCAGGGCAACUAUGGCUUCCACCUGGGCUUCCUGCAGUCUGGGACAGCCAAGUCUGUUAUGUGCACGUACUCUCCUCCCCUCAAUAAGCUAUUCUGCCAGCUGGCAAAGACCUGCCCUGUGCAGUUGUGGGUCAGCUCCACACCUCCAGCUGGGAGCCGUGUCCGAGCCAUGGCCAUCUACAAGAAGUCACAGCACAUGACGGAGGUCGUGAGACGCUGCCCCCACCAUGAGCGCUGCUCCGAUGGUGAUGGCCUGGCUCCUCCCCAGCAUCUUAUCCGGGUGGAAGGAAAUUUGUAUGCCGAGUAUGUGGAAGACAGGCAGACUUUUCGCCACAGCGUGGUGGUACCGUAUGAGCCACCCGAGGUCGGCUCUGAGUAUACCACCAUCCACUACAAGUACAUGUGUAACAGCUCCUGCAUGGGGGGCAUGAACCGCCGGCCUAUCCUUACCAUCAUCACACUGGAAGACUCCAGUGGAAACCUUCUGGGACGGGACAGCUUUGAGGUUCGUGUUUGUGCCUGCCCUGGGAGAGACCGGCGUACAGAGGAAGAAAAUUUCCGCAAAAAGGAAAUCCCUUGCCCUGAACUGCCCCCAGGGAGCGCAAAGAGAGCGCUGCCCACCUGCACGAGCGCCUCUCCCCCGCAAAAGAAAAAACCACUUGAUGGAGAGUAUUUCACCCUCAAGAUCCGAGGGCGGGAACGCUUCGAGAUGUUCCGGGAGCUGAAUGAGGCCUUAGAGUUAAAGGAUGCCCGUGCUACAGAGGAGUCUGGAGACAGCAGGGCUCACUCCAGCCUCCAGCCUAGAGCCUUCCAAGCCUUGAUCAAGGAGGAAAGCCCAAACUGCUAGCCCCCAUCACCUCAUCCCUCCCCUUUUCUGUCUUCCUAUAGCUACCUGAAGACCAAGAAGGGCCAGUCUACUUCCCGCCAUAAAAAAACAAUGGUCAAGAAAGUGGGGCCUGACUCAGACUGACUGCCUCUGCAUCCCGUCCCCAUCACCAGCCUCCCCGUCCCCUUGCUGUCUUAUGACUUCAGGGCUGAGACACAAUCCUCCCAGUCCCUUCUGCUGCCUUUUUUACCUUGUAGCUAGGGCUCAGCCCCCUCUCUGAGUAGUGGUUCCUGGCCCAAGUUGGGGAAUAGGUUGGUGGUUGCCAGGUCUCUGCUGGCCCAGCGAAAUCCUAUCCAGCCAGUUGUUGGACCCUGGCACCUACAAUGAAAUCUCACCCUACCCCACACCCUGUAAGAUUCUAUCUUGGGCCCUCAUAGGGUCCAUAUCCUCCAGGGCCUACUUUCCUUCCACUCUGCAAAGCCUGUCUGCAUUUAUCUACCCCCCACCCCAUCUCACUCUUUUUUUUUACCCCUUUUUAUAUAUCAAUUUCCUAUUUUACAAUAAAAUUUUGUUAUCACUUA